AUGGCGACCUCCGUGUGUGUACUGUGUCAAUGAUAAACUAACGUUUGCACAUAUUUUUGUGCAAGGACACGGAUAGUCAAACGAUAAGAAUUAUAUGGAGGGAAAUGCGAACUUGUUAUCCAUCUUGAACGACAACAGAGUUGCGUGAAAACGUGAGUUUUGCCCCAGAAUACUUUCAAAUUAUCUUUCUAGCAUAGCUAGCUAACUUAGCUUUGAAAUCAACUGACAGCCACACGGACAGUUGCAUGCUCUGUCCAGAAUAAUGUUACUAGCUAGCUGGUCUAUCAAAGAUUUGUAUAACUAAACCAUUGUUCUAUCUGUGGGUCUAUGGCCCAGCCGUGUUGUUGUUUUGACAAGGCCAAGGGUGUAUUCAUUAGGCCAGUUCUGUUGCAAAAAACAGAAACCGUUUACUCCAAACGCUUUUGAGUUCUGUUCCAUUCUGUUCUUAAACGGAAGUUGUGACAAAGGUUUUGUUGUUUUGGCUCUGCACUUUGGAUUUGAAAUAAUACAGUGACUAUGAGAUUAAAGUGCAGACUGUCAGCUUUAACGUGAGGGUAUUGUGUCAUUUUGGAGUCACUUUUAAUGUAAAUAAGAAUAUAAUAUGUUUCUAAACACUUCUACAUUAAUGUGGAUGCUACCAUGAUUACGGAUAAUCCUAAAUUAAUUGUGAAUAAUGAUGAGUGAGAAAGUUAGAGGCAUAAAUAUCACUACUUUAAUACACAUAUAAGUGAAUUUGUCCCGAUACUUUUGGUCCCCUUAAAUUGGGGGACUAUGUACAAAAAGUGCUGUUCACCCGAUAUUGGUGAAAAUAUCCUCAAAUUAAAGCUGACAGUCUGCACUUUAACCUCAUAGUCAUUGUAUCAUUUACAAUCCAAAGUGCUGGAGUACAGAGCCAAAACAACAAAAAAUGUGCCACUGUCCCAAUACUUUUGGAGCUCACUGUAUAUACUACUAUCCCCAACACACACCCACCACCCCUUCCCGCUAAUUUGGCCCUAACAGAUCCUACACCCGGUUGUCAGCCUGGGAGGCUGAAAACACUUAUCUUCUGCACUAAAAUCUCUCUUCUCCACUUCUCUCUGAAAACACUUCUCUUCUGCACUAAAAUCUCUGACUCCCAAAAAUGUAUCUGCUGCUACUAGAAAAUGACAUCUUCUUGGAUUUCCUUUCCAUCUGAGCGGCACAAUUCAUGACCAUAGCAAUAAACGCCAAGAUGACAACCUUACUAAAGCACAAGCUGUUUGGGGUACUCUGUACAGGCCUACUACUCACAGGGAUCCUCUCAGGCUUCCUCACCCUUUUCCCACCAUCCUCUACUUUCCUCACUGCCUCAGCAUGACACUUUCUGCACUGCUCUCACCCUGGAAACGUCAACCUGUCUCACUCGCAAAGGACAUUUCUGAUCCCCAGCAACAUGGCCACUCUCACAAUUGAAACACUCCACUUUUUCUAUCGAAAACUACACACUCCUUUGUCCCAUGUCCUCCUACACACUUCUCACACCUCAGAAUCUCCGUCCUACGUACUGCUGCAACAUGACCAUAAACUUGUCACCUGAAACACCGUAGUGGGUUUGGAAAUAAAGCUCUUACGGGAUAACAUACAGUGCCUUCGGAAAGUAUUCAGAGCCCUUGACUUUUUCCACAUUUUGUUACAUUACAGCCUUAUUCUAAAAUGGAUUAAAUAAAUCUAAAUCCUCAGCAAUCUACACACAAUACCCCAUAAUGACAAAGUGAAAACAGGUUUUUAGAAAUACCUUAUUUACAUAAGUAUUCAGACCCUUUGCUAUGAGACUUGGAAUUGAGCUCAGGCGCAUCCUAUUUCCAUUGGUCAUCCUUGAUAUGUUUAUACAACUUGAUUGGAGUCCACCUGUGGUAAAUUCAAUUGAUUGGACAUUAUUUGGAAAGGCACACACCUGUCUAUAUAAGGUCCCACAGUUGACAGUGCGUCAGAGCAAAAACCAAGCAAUGAGGUCGAAGGAAUUGUCCGUAGAGCUCCGAGACAGGAUUGUGUCGAUGCACAGAUCUGGGGAAGGGUACCAAAAAAUGUCUGCAUCAUUGAAGGUCCCCAAGAACACAGUGGCCUCCAUCAUUCUUAAAUGGAAGAGGUUUGGAACCACCAAGACUCUCCCUAGAGCUGGCCGCCCGGCCAAACUGAGCAAUCGGGGGAGAAGGGCCUGGGUCAGGUAGGUGACCAAGAACCCGAUGGUCACUCUGACAGAACUCUAGAGUUCCACUGUGGAGAUGGGAGAACCUUCCAGAAGGACAACCAUCUCUGCAGCACUCCACCAAUCAGGCCUUUAUGGUAGAGUGGCCUGACGGAAGCCACUCUUCAGUAAAAGGCACAUCCCAGUCCGCUUGGAGUUUGCCAAAAGGCACCUAAAGACUCUGACCAUGAGAAACAAGAUUAUCUGGUCUGAUGAAACCAAGAUUGAACUCUUUGGCCUGAAUGCCAAGCGUCACGUCUGGAGGAAACCUGGCACCAACCCUACGGUGAUGUAUGGUGGUGGCAGCAUCAUGCGGUGGGGAUGUUUUUCAGCGACAGGGAGACUAGUCAGGAUCGAGGCAAAGAUGAACGGAGCAAAGUACAGAGAGAUCCUUGAUGAAAACCUGCUCCAGAGCGCUCAGGACCUCAGACUGGGGCGAAGGUUCACCUUCCAACAGGACAACGACCCUAAGCACACAGCCAAGACAACGCAGGAGUGGCUUCGGAACAAGUCUCUGAAUGUCCUUGAGUGGCCCAGCCAGAGCCCGGACUUGAACCCGAUCGAACAUCUACAGAGAGACCUGAAAAUAGCUGUGCAGCAACGCUCCCCAUCCAACCAGACAGAGCUUGAGAGGAUCUGCAGAGAAGAAUGGGAGAAACUCCCCAAAUACAGGUGUGCCAAGUUUGUAGUGUCAUACCCCAAGAAGACUCAAGGCUGUAAUCGCUUGCCAAAGGUUACUUCACAAAUUCUGAGUAAAGGGUUCUAAAUACUUAUGUAAAUGUGGAUCUUCAAGUUUUUAUUUUUGUAUAAAUUAGCAAACAUUUCUAAAAAACGGUUUUUGCUUUGUCAUUUUGGGGUAUUGUGUGUAGAUUGAUGAGGAAAAACCAAACUAUUUAGUAAAUUGAAAAAAAGGCUGUAACCUAACAAAAUGUGGAAAAGUCACGAGGUUCUGAAUACUUUCCUUCAUUAAAGACCAAAAUUGGUUAAGGAAAAUGUUCCUGAAUAAAAAAGUUUACCAGUUUAAUUUAAGGACCAAAAUAUUGACAGCUGUGCCAUAUACAAUGUAUUCGGAAAGUAUUCAGACCCGUUGACUUUUUCCACAUUUUGUUACGUUACAGCCUUAUUCUAAAAUUGAUUAAAUAGUUUUUUACCCCAUAAUGACAAAGCAGAAACAUUUUUUAGAAAUCUUUGCCUUUUAAACACUGAAAUAUUACAUUUAUAUAAGUAUUUAGACCCUUUACUCAGUACUUUGUUGAAGCACCUUUGGCAGCGAUUACAGCCUUGAGUCUUCUUGGGUAUGACGCUACUGUCACGACUUCCGCCGAGGCUGCCUCCCCUCCUUGUUGGGGCAGGUUUCGGCAUUCGUCGUCACCAGCUUACUAGCCACUGCCACUCCAUAUAUCAUCAUUCCAUUUGUCUUGUCUUGUCAAUUACACACACCUGGUUCAUAUCCCCUCAUUAGUCCGUGUAUAAGUGUUCCCCUUGUCCUUGUGGGUGAUUGUUUUAUGUGAAGAUGAGUGUAGCUUGGUUGAGCUACCGUACUUUGUAUUGCCGGGGUUAUUUCUCCCCAUGUGCCUGUAUUGUGUUCCAGUGCGCCUGUAUUACACCCUGUGCUGUUGACGCUAUCCAGCGUAACUGUGUCCUAUGGAAUAAACUCUGUAUUCGGUGAUUUACCCUCCUACGCCUGACUCCUUCAAAUCACAUUCUCACAGCUACAAGCUUGGCACACCUGUAUUUGGGGAGUUUCUCCCAUUCUUCUCUGCAGAUCGCACUGAGCUAAAGGGUAGAGCUGCCGCUUUCAAGGAACGGGACUCUAACCCGGACGCUUAUAAGAAAUCCCGCUAUGACCUCCGACGAACCAUCAAACAGGCAAAGAGUCAAUACAGGUCUAAGAUUGAAUCAUACUACACUGGCUCUGACGCUCGUCGGAUGUGGCAGGGCUUGAAAACUAUUACAGACUACAAAGGGAAGCACAGCCGCGAGCUGCCCAGUGACACAAGCCUACCAGACGAGCUAAACCACUUCUAUGCUCGCUUCGAGGCAAGCAACACUGAAGCAUGCAUGAGAGCACCAGCUGUUCCGGAUGACAAUGUGAUCACGCUCUCCGUAGCCGAUGUGAGUAAGACUUUUAAGCAGGUCAACAUUCACAAGGCCGCAGGGCCAGACGAAUUACCAGGACGUGUACUCCGAGCAUGUGCUGACCAACUGGCAAGUGUCUUCACUGACAUUUUCAACAUGUCCCUGACUGAGUCUGUAAUACCAACAUGUUUCAAGCAGACCACCAUAGUCCCCGUGCCCAAGAACUCUAAGAUAACCUGCCUAAAUGACUACCGACCCGUAGCACUGACGUCUGUAGCCAUGAAGUGCUUUGAAAGACUGGUCAUGGCUCACAUCAACAGCAUAAUCCCAGAAACCCUAGACCCACUCCAAUUUGCAUACCGCCCCAACAGAUCCACAGAUGAUGCAAUCUCUAUCGCACUCCACACUGCCCUUUCCCACCUGGACAAGAGGAACACCUACGUGAGAAUGCUAUUCAUUGACUACAGCUCAGCAUUCAACACCAUAGUGCCCUCUAAGCUCAUCACUAAGCUAAGGAUCCUGGGACUAAACACCUCCCUCUGCAACUGGAUCCUGGACUUCCUGACGGGCCGCCCCCAGGUGGUAAGGGUAGGUAACAACACAUCUGCCACACUGAUCCUCAACACGGGGGCCCCUCAGGGGUGCGUGCUCAGUCCCCUCCUGUACUCUCUGUUCACCCAUGACUGCAUGGCCAGGCACGACUCCAACACCAUCAUUAAGUUUGCCGACGACACAACAGUGGUAGGCCUGAUCACCGACAACGAUGAGACAGCCUAUAGGGAGGAGGUCAGAGAUCUGGCCGUGUGGUGCCAGGACAACAACCUCUCCCUCAACGUGACCAAGACAAAGGAGAUGAUUGUGGACUACAGGAAAAAAAAGAGGACUGAGCACGCCCCCAUUCUCAUCGACGGGGCUGUAGUGGAACAGGUUGAGAGCUUCAAGUUCCUUGGUGUCCACAUCACCAACGAACUAUCAUGGUCCAAACACACCAAGACAGUCGUGAAGAGGGCACGACAAAGCCUAUUCCCCCUCAGGAGACUAAAAAGAUUUGGCAUGGGUCCUCAGAUCCUCAAAAAAUUCUACAGCUGCACCAUCGAGAGCAUCCUGACUGGUUGCAUCACCGCCUGGUAUGGCAACUGCUUGGCCUCUGACCGCAAGACACUACAGAGGGUAGUGCGUACGGCCCAGUACAUCACUGGGGCAAAGCUUCCUGCCAUCCAGGACCUCUAUACCAGGCGGUGUCAGAGGAAGGCCCUCAAAAUUGUCAAAGACUCCAGCCACCCUAGUCAUAGACUGUUCUCUCUGCUACCGCACGGCAAGCGGUACCGGAGUGCCAAGUCUAGGUCCAAAAGACUUCUCAACAGCUUCUACCCCCAAGCCAUAAGACUCCUGAACAGCUAAUCAUGGCUACCCGGACUAUUUGCACUGCCCCCCCCACCCCAUCCUUUUUACGCUGCUGCUACUCUGUUAAGUAUUUAUGCAUAGUCACUUUAACUCUACCCACAUGUACAUAUUACCUCAACUACCUCAACUAGCCGGUGCCCCCGCACAUUGACUCUGCAACGGUACCCCCCUGUAUAUAUAGCCUCCCUACUGUCACUUUAUUUUACUUCUGCUCUUUUUUUCUCAACACUUUUUUUGUUGUUGUUUUAUUCUUACUUUUUUUGUUUAAAAUAAAUGCACUGUUGGUUAAGGGCUGUAAGUAAGCAUUUCACUGUAAUGUCUGCACCUGUUGUAUUCGGCGCAUGUGACCAAUACAAUUUGAUUUGAUUUGAUUUGAGAUCCUCUCAAGCUCUUUCAGGUUGGAUGGGGAGUGUCGCUCCACAGCUAUUUUCUGGAGUCUCCAAAGAUGUUCAAUUGGGUUCAAGUCCGGCCUCUGGCUGGGUCACUCAAGGAUUUUCAGAGACUUGUCCCGAAGCCACUCCUGCGUUGUCUUGGCUGUGUGCUUAGGGUCGUUGUCCUGUUGGAAGGUGAACCUUCGCCCCAGUCUGUGGUCCUGAGCGCUCUGUAGCAGGUUUUCAUCAAGGAUCUCUCUAUAAUUUGCUCCGUUCAUCUUUCCAUCGAUCAUGACUAGUCUCCCAGUCCCUGCCGCUGAAAAACAUCUCCACAGCAUGAUGCUGUCACCCCCAUGCUUCACCGUAGGGAUAGUGGCAGGUUUCCUCCAGACGUGACGAUUGGCAUUCAGGCCAAAGAGUUCAAUCUUGGUUUCAUCAGACCAGAGAAUCUUGUUUCUUUUGUUCUGGGAGUCCUUUAGGUGCCUUUUGGCAAACUCCAAGCGGGCUGUCAUGUGCCUUUUACUGAGGAGUGGCUUCCGUCUGGCCACUCUACCAUAAAGGCCUGAUUGGUGGAGUACUGCAGAGAUGGUUGUGCUUCUGGAAGGUUCUAAGUCAUGUCCAAUCAAUUGCAUUUACCACAGGUGGACUCCAGUCAAGUUGUAGAAACAUCUCAAGGAUGAUCAAUGGAAAGAGGAUGCACCUGAGCUCAAUUUCGAGUCUCAUAGCAAAGGGUCUGAAUACUUAUGUAAAUAAGAUAUUUCUGUUUUCUAUUUUUAAUACAUUUGCAAAAAAAUCUAAAAACCUGUUUUUGCUUGUCAUUAUGGGGUAUUGUGUGUAGUUUGAUGAGGAAAUGUUUUUAUUUAAUCCAUUUUAGAAUAAGGCUGUAACGUAUCAAAAUGUGGAAAAGGGGAAGUGGUCUGAAUACUUUCCGAAUCCACUGUAUAUCAUUAAUUUAUAAGUCCACAAAUGGAUUUAGCAACUAAGGAUUCUAGCUUUAAGGAAGGGGUUCAGUAGACGUUAACCAGACUGACCCUGAAGCCAAAUGCGAAUGUCAUCUCAUAUUUGACUUUGCUCUGUGGUAUGUUGUGGUCUCUCCUGCAGGGGAGGGGCAUGUCCAGGCUUUGUGUGGUGUGUGGGGGCUCCAGGGGCAUUGGCAGGGCUGUAUCAAGGCUGCUGGCAGAGAGAGGCUGCAGGGUUGCUGUGGUGUCCAGGAACCAGGAUGCUGCUAAUGCCACUGUGUUGUCCCUCGCUGGAGGUACAGUAUUAUACCUGCAGGGGUGUCAUGCACCUCUUAGUUGGGCUCUGCUGUUCACAUUUUCCAAAUGUUUCCCAAACAAGGGGUUGUGACCGCAUGUGGGGUUGCCUAAUUUGAAAUUGUGUCGCAAGAUAAUUGGGCCGCUAGAUGCGGUUGUAAUAAACAGAGCGGUUUCUGUUUUCUUCCUACAAAUGUGUUACUAUCUUUUGAUCCAUUUAAGCUACAAAAUAUAGUGACCCCAUCACUGAAAGAUAAGACUCUCAGGAACACAGAGAGGACAGGACCAGGCAUUCAAUCAGACUGGGGGGACAAUAACAUCAAUGUUGAUGUUCUUUCCUACACAGAAGCUCAUACAAAAUUAUUGACUGAUGAUCUUCUGAACUUCCGUCACUUCUGUCACUUCAAACCAUACUUCCUUCAGAUUUAAAUGCUGUGAAAAGUACUGUCAGACUGAUUUGUAAUAGACUGUCAUAGCCCCAAAUAAAAAAGUAAACAUUGGCUGUUUAUUACAUAACUUAUUUUUACAUGGUGGAGUGGGGUUGCACAUUUUUUAAAUAUCAAAAUGGGGUCACGGGACAAAAAAGUUUGGGAACCCCUAUUCUAACCAGAUGAUUAGGCUAGUGCCACAUUGACUUCUGUUGUUUAUUAGGCCUAAAGUUGUAGUUUUCUGCUUACCUUAUGUUUAACCAAUCUCUAAUUUUCUAGCUGACCAUAUGGCCUUUAGGUGUGACGUCUCCAAAGGAGAGGAAGUUCAGAAGACAUUUGAGAUGAUCCAGAAGACCUGUGGAAACAUCUCAUACCUGGUCAAUGCAGCUGGUAUCAACAGGUGUGUGCGUGUGAAAUACUUGUGCAUGAAUCAGUACUCAUACAGGUUAGUUUCAUACCUUCAGAACUCCCAUGAUAGUCCUAAGCAGGUGAGCUUGCAUGUGUUUGAAAAAUAAUUAAUCCAUCUGCUGUGUGUGUGUGUGCACCUUCCUGUCUUUGUGUGUGUGUUCAGGGAUGGUCUGUUGCUGAGGACCAGGCCAGAGGACAUGGUGGCUCUGCUUCAUACCAACCUACUGGGGAGCAUGUUGACCUGCAAGGCAGCGCUACGGAGCAUGCUCCACACCCAGGGAGGGGCCAUUGUCAACAUAGGUACUGUUACUGUAUGUCCAGCCCCUUCACACUACUGAGGUACUAACCUAACAUAGCAGGCGUAGAAGAAACGCCUGAGUGGAGUUCCCACAUCCGGUUUUCAGCGGAAAAGGAAGCUAGGUUGAAUUAGCUGUAUCCCUGAAAACCGGAUACAUCUGGUUAUUGGUAACUCUGCUAAGGGUGCUGAGAUACCAGAUGGAUUCAAUGUUGCCGUUUGGCCACAAGGUGGUGGUUGUGGUCCAGGGAAUAAACAUAAUCUCACUUCACUUUACCUUGAAAUAGCCCAAUCGCUGUGUUCAUGGUUGUGAUCUGUGUGUACUGCAGGCUCUGUGGUGGGGUUGAAGGGGAACGCAGGUCAGUGUGUGUACAGCGCCAGUAAAGCAGGUCUGGAGGGCUUCACUCGCUCCCUGGCCAAGGAGGUGGCCUCACGCAGUGUCAGAGUUAACCUGCUGGCUCCAGGUAUAGAACUGUCUCUUCCUCCUUUCUUUACUGCUCCUCUCUCUCUUUCAUCUGCUGUCUGCUUAUUCUCCUCAACUUCUCUCAACUCAUGUCUUGUCCUAGCCUUUGUCUUCCUGUUUAUGCUUCAGCCAUCUCCUUCGUCAUUAUCAUGCUAAAAUAGAAACAGACUUGUACUGUACCCAGGAUACUGGUUUCCACUGUCCUCUCAGCUCGAAUUCAGUUUUAUCCUGAUGCUGUCCCUCCCUUAACUUUUCUCCUCUAGGUUUAAUUCGGACAGACAUGACAGUGGGGCUGAGAGAAGGGGAGGGGGUGCGGACCAUCCCCCUGGGGAGGUUUGGGGAGCCUGAGGAGGUGGCCAAGGCUGCUCUUUUCCUCCUGGAGUCUCCCUACAUCACAGGACAGGUGCUGGUGGUGGACGGAGGGCUGCAGCUGGCCAUGUAGGGAGGCCCUCGACCCCUCUGUAUACACCUAGUACCCACUAUACAUCCUAACACUGUCAGCUGGGUGGUUAAGAGACUCUCAGCCUGUCUCUCGGAUGUGAAUUACAAUGGAGAGUUCUGGUUUUCCAGUAUAUGUGUGUUUAAGCUAAAGAUGAGCUGGGUUCAUGCAUAGGAAAGGGAUAAAUAUCUGCUUUUUAUCUAUACUGAACAAAAAUA